CGGGUAUACUACCGACCACGCACGUACACAGAAAGUCAUACGAUGAAGAGAUGAACCUGUGGUUUAGAUCCCACUGCUUAUUUCUGUUCUCAGCGGUGAUUAUUUACGUUGGGAGAAUGCUAGAGAUGACUCAUGUAGCUUCAGCCCCCAUCCACGCCCAGUCAUUUUUAACUUGCACGGCGCAGGAUGCAGAGAUCGUAGCUGCUGGGAUAUUGGGUGACUGGGUUAAAACCACAAUCCAUGGAUCUUUGCGAACCAAGCAAGGCGACGGCUCUGGGCAAAAUCCAAGCACCACAUCGGACUUCAUUCAGCUCGCUUACUGUUGAAGCGGGAUGGCCGGACGGGGAGUUGCCCGGUGACGGCGAUAUGCC